CAAGUGGAGAGAAUCCGUUCAUCAUUUUUUGGUAUCUAUUCAUAAUUCGUUUUAAUUCGAAUAUCUAGAAAUACCCCGUUUUGACUGUAUCGCACUAUGUAUUGGAUUUCCAAUCCAAUAAAUCUUUGAUCCCUUUGACAAAAUGGAAUUUGAAAAAUGAAAGAAUAUCAAAGAUAUUUAGAACUAGAUAGAUCUCGUCAACAGAACUUCCUAUACCCACUUAUUUUUCGGGAGUAUAUUUAUGGACUCGCCUCUGGUCAUGAUUUUAAUAGAAAUCGAUAUAUUUUGUCGGAAAAUGUGGAUUAUGAUAAGAAAUCUAGCUUACUAAUUGUAAAACGGUUAAUUACUCGAAUAUAUCAACAGAAUCAUUUGAUUCUUUUUGAUAACGAUUCAAGUAAAAAUCAAUUUUGGGGGUCUAACAAGAAUUUGUAUUCUCAAAUAAUAUCAGAGGGUUUUGCCAUUGUCAUGGAAAUUCCAUUUUCCCGACAAUUAAGUUCUUCUUUAGAGGAGGCGGAAAUCAUAAAAUCUUUUAAUAAUUUGCAAUCAAUUCAUUCCAUUUUUUCCUUUUUCGAGGAUAAAUUUACAUAUUUAAAAUUUUUUUCCGAUGUACGAAUACCCUAUCCUAUCCAUCUGGAAAUCUUAGUUCAAACUCUUCGAUACUGGGUGAAAGAUCCACCCCUUUUUCAUUUAUUAAGAUUGUUUCUUUAUGAGUAUUGUAACCGGAAUAGUCUUAUUACUAAAAAAAAAAAAACUUAUUUUUACUUUUUCAAAAAGUAAUCCAAGAUUUUUCUUGUUUCUAUAUAAUUUUUAUGUAUGUGAACACGAAUCCAUCUUCCUUUUU